GUUUACAAACAAGCUCGUAACACGAGCAGAGGACGAACAUGGCCGGCGCCACUCUGAGAGGAAGAGGAGAGUCUUUUGUUUGGACCGACAAUGAAGUGGAACUUCUGCUCCGUGUCACAUUGGACUACAAGACAACAAAAUUGCAAGAAAAUGUCGACUGGGAGUCUUGCCACUCCAAGUACUCCGACAUUAUGGACGAGUUUCAGGCGCAGUAUCCGCAAACCUCCACGGAGCGGGAUUUCCCCCAUGAUGCCAAGAGCGUCACAAAGCCACAGGUUACCGCCAAGUUGAAAAGUAUCCGGACGAAGUACAGGCAGGCGCUGGACACCGGGCGCCGCAGGGGCCAGGGCCGUGUCGUUCUGUUGUAUUUUUCACUGUGUGAGGAGAUAUGGGGUGGGUCGCCUGCUACACGCGCCAUCGACGCCGGCCUCGAGACUGCUGACAUGGAGGAAGAAGAUGUCAGAGGAAGAUCUGAAAGUCUGCCUUCUGCGGUCAUAAAGCAGCGCAGGGAUUUGCUCCGGGCAAGGCUGAACAACCACAGAGGGGACAGGCUGAAACGAAAACUCACAGGUGACCAAGUAGCACUAGAGGACCUUCAGAUUAAGUGGAGGAUGUUGGAGCUGAUGGAGGAGUCCUCUAAAAGAAACAUGGACUGCAUACAGCAAAUCAACACAAACAUUGCAAACAUCACAAACUCCAUACAAGAGGGCUUCUCACUGAUGAGAGGACUGAUGCUCCAGCCUGCCUACCCCCACAGCAGCAGUGGGAUUGAGCAACAGCACACAUUUAUCUCUGUAGUGCCAAAAGUUGAAGAAGAUUGACUGAUGGGUGGAUGUCAUGAUAUUAUUCAUUGACAUUGGAUGGUCGCAUAUUGAUUUUGAUAUUAAAAUACAAAGAAAUUGUUGGGGUUUUUUUGGACAAAUUGUUAAAUAGGUAUACAUUAUGAGCGGGGAUGUAAUCUAAAAGGCAUAAAAGCAUUUUUAAUUUCAUCUCAAGUUUACGAUUAAAAAGACACAAAACAAACCACAGUAACCCUGUAAUAGUAAAUAUGCAAAAUAAAAAAAAUAUUUAGUAUUUAGCCCUUUAAAAAUGACUCUUAAUCACUCUCACAAGUCAGUCGAGCUGAGCCGGGGUUAGUCUGGUGCUAUGUCGGGCUGAUUAUCCUAUGGACAUUUGCUUUAACACUGUAAGAUAUGUUACUGUCUUGAAAUAAAAGGAGUGUAAUAUGAAUCAGCACAAUACAUUUUUUUUUUUUUUUUUUUACACAAGGUUGGAACAUGAGUCAUGUACUGCAGAAAGGAAUAAAAUAAUAAAGUGCCAAUGGGUGAUGAAUCUUCA